AUGUCGGACACCAAGAGUCCUGCGCCGCCGGCUAGCGAGUACCAAGACGACGAGCCGCUGGAGCGUCCGACCGGCCCGGCGCAGGCCCCCGCGGCCAACGGCGGGCUGGUCCUGACCACGCAGUGCGAGUUCCCGGCCAUCGCGAGGGGCGCGUCCCGGGACAGAUUCGCGGUGCUCGUGCACGCCAAGGCGCCGUCCGACGUGGCGCUCGCGCCGCUCGACCUCGUCACCGUGCUCGACGUCAGCGCCAGCAUGAAGGGCCAGAAGCUGGAGCUGCUGAAGCAGGCCAUGUGCUUCGUCAUCGACCAGCUCGGCCCCACCGACCGCCUCUCCGUCGUCACCUUCUCUCGCCACGCCAGCCGCCUGACCCGCCUCGCGCGCAUGUCGGACGCGGGGAAGGCCUCGGCGAAGAUCGCCGUGGGGGCGCUCUGUGUCCUGCGGGGCACCAACAUUGGCCAGGGGCUCCGUGUGGGCGCCCAGGUGCUCUCCGGCCGCCGGGAGAAGAACGCCGUCGCCGGCAUGAUCCUCCUCUCCGACGGGCAUGACUCCUCCGGCCGCUGGACGAGCGUCGAGGCCGACGGCACCAAGGGCUACGCCAACCCCAUGCCGCCCUCGUGCCGUCGUCAGAGCGGCCGGCCCGCCGCGCCGAUUCACACGUUCGGCUUCGGCGCCAACCACGACGCCGCCGCGAUGCACGCCGUCGCGGAGGCCACGGGCGGCACCUUCUCCUUCGUCGGGAACCAGGCGGCGAUCCAGGACUCGUUCGCGCGCUGCGUCGGCGGGCUCCUGUCGGUGGCCGUGCAGGAGGCGCGCGUCGCCGUCACGUGCCUGCACCGGGGCGUCCGGGUCCAGGAAGUCAAGUCCGGCGCCUACGGGAGCAAUGUGGGCGCCGACGGCCGCGCCGCCUCCAUCGACGUCGGCGAGCUCUACGACGGCGAGGAGAGGCGGUUCCUGGUGCUCGUGUACGUGCCGAGCGCCAGGGCGACGGAGGAGGUCACCCGCCUCGUCAAGGCGAGCUGCACCUACCGAGAGGCUGCGACGGGCCAUGCGCGCCUGGCCGCCGCCCCCGCCGCCGUGGUGCAGAGGCCGUCGGAGCUGACGAAGCUGCCUGCCCCGUCCGUGGACGUGGAGCGGGAGUGCGUCCGCCUCGCGGCGACCGAGGACAUCGCGGCCGCAAGGGUGGCGGCGGACGGUGGGCAGAACGCGGGCGCCGCGCGGAUCCUGGAGUCCCGGCUCAAGGCCGUGGAGCGGUCAGCGCCGGGGGCGGCCGGCGACGACCCCACGUGCGAGGCGAUCAAGGAGGAGCUACGCGACCUCAGCGCGCGCGUCGGCGACCGGGCGGAGUACCAGAAGACGGGGCGCGCGUGCCUGCUGGCCGGCAUGAGCUCGCACGCGCAGCAGCGCGCCUCGGGGAUGGACGUGCAGUCGACGAGCAAGGCGAGCGCGUACCUGACUCCCAAGAUGGAGGAGAUGGUGGAGAUCUCGCGUGAGAGCAGCGCGAAGCGUGGGGGUGGCAGCAGCGGGAAGCAGCCAGUCAAACUGGCCAAGGUAGAAGAAGAGGUGUAA